CAUGCGUCGUCGUGCAGUGCGUCGUCACGUCUGCCCUCUACGUUGCUGCUGCUGCUGCUCCUCCUGCGGUGACGUUGUUGGGUGGAAGGUGUCAGGCGUUUUCCGGGAGCCGCGGCCUCAGUCCCCAAGGCACAGCGUGGGAAAGCCCGAGGCUGCCGCCUGCCUGGAAGUUUGUGAACGCGGUAAACGUCACUAAACAAGCAGCAACAGGAGGGAGUGGGGGCCAACUCAGGGGGCAUUACAAUGUGCACUGAGUGAAGUUUAAGGGCGGAGUUAUGUACUGGGUGACAGUAGGGUUUAGGGGAAAGGUCAGUGACCGCAGAGAGCAGGGGUCACAUCACUAGAUCCCAGGGCUCCACAGCACCAGAGCUCCACAGCACCAGAUCCCAGGGCUCCACAGCACCAGAUCCCAGGGCUCCACAGCACCAGAUCCCAGGGCUCCACAGCACCAGGCUUCCUUAUAUCCCAGCCAUAGGAUAGCACUGCCCAUAGGUAUCCAGGGAUUAGAUCAUUAAAUCCCAGGGCUCCACAUCACCAGGUAUCCCCAGCCAUAGGAUAGCAGUGUCCAUAGAUAUCCAAGGCUCAUUGUGCAUUGAACCCCAGGGCUAUGGAUCCCUAGGGUCCCACACUUCAGUGGCCAUAGGAUAACUGAGCUCUCUGGCCAGGCCUUGGGGAUCCAAAUUUCAGUGUAUUUAAUACAAGAGAACUUAAUGGACCUUUGAGCACAGUGCCCUUAGACUGCCAAGUUACAAUACCAAUAAGAUCUUAAGGCUCAGUAGCCAUUGAAUGCGUUUGGCUGCUAGAUAAGUUGCCAAGUGCAAGGCAUUAACUUUCUGUUAGUGAAAGUAGGGAAUAGAGGUUUAAAGGUUUGUGUCAAGUGUAGCCCCAUAUUCAUAGAAUAGUGAGGUUGACCUCCACCAACUUUGCUGCCAUGUUGCGCUCUUUCCGUGCCAACUCCAUUCUCGCGGUUCUCUCUGGAAGCAGUGUUCUGGUGAAGUGCCUAUGGGGAGCUGUGUUGCUCCUUUACCUAAUUUCUUUUUGGGUUAGCACAGCACGGGUAUUGUCAAUAACUCCCGGUUUGCUUUUGCCCCCUAACCUGUGGCUUUGGAGCCUAGUCACGCAUGGACUUGUUGAAGUACAUAUCUGGGAUGUGUUUGCCAACCUUCUUCUAACACUAGGGGCUGGUCGCCGACUAGAACCACUGUGGGGAGCUCCUGAACUACUUCUGUUUUAUGGUGUGGUGAGCGUUGCUGUGGGAAUCCUGAGUGCACUUUGGUAUUUACUAACUUAUGCAGCAACAUCAGACUUACAUUUUCUCUUCUCUGCCCACAUCCAUGGAUUCCCUGGAUUUGCUGGAGCUGUUCUGGUUGCCCAUAAGCAGACAGUGGGAGAUGGACAGAUGGAGCCACAUCGCUGGGUGCAGGCGUUACCCCAACUUGUCCUUCUGGCAGUAACCUUACUCAGUGUAGUUGGCCUGGCACCAAGCCGAAUGCUGGUGGGAUAUUCUAUAGGCAUGUUGUCUGGCUGGGUGUAUCUACGAUUCUACCAGCGACACAGCCGUGGCAGAGGCGAUAUGUCUGACCAUUUCUCGUUUGCUAGCUUUUUUCCUGGUCCAGUUCAACCAGCUGCGGCUUUGUUAGGAAAACUUACACAUGCUGCCCUGGUAAAAGUUCGAUUGUGCCCACGUGCGGUUAAGCGGUAUGAUGUGGGCGCUCCUUCGUCUAUCACCAUCAGCUUGCCUGGUACUGACCCCCAGGAUGCAGAGAGGAGAAGACAGUUGGCUCUGAAAGCUUUGAAUGAGCGCUUGAAAAGAGUAGAGGAUCAGACCUCUUGGCCUAGUAUGGAGGAAGAGGAGGAUGAAGAUUGCAUUCGAGAAGACACCCCCUUCCUCAGUGGGGGUACCCCAGAUACAUUGGUAAAAGAAACCAGCUCGGUGCCAUCACCUCCAGUGUAAUAACCCACAGACACUCUCCUAUCAUCGGCCAGCCUUCGCCAGCCACAUUGCACGUGGUGGUGGUUUCUGCAGAUCUGUGUUUUGUGUGAAGGAGGUGUCCCAUGUAAACACUUAAAAUAUGCACCCAGAGGGUCCCUUCACCCCCACUGCUCAUAUUAACAAUUCUGCACUGUUGAUCAGCUAAAAGUGGGUAAAGACACAUGGUUUAUCUGUGCUCAGCUACCACACUCCCUUUCAACUUAGCGAAGGCUCUCACACCCUCUGUGCACAGGCAGGGCUUCCUCAGUUCCAUGUCUACUUCGCUUUGUGUACUUUUUUUUCCCCCCCUCUGUAACUUCAGCUGAUGACUAUCUAUCUAUCUGCAGAAGAAGCCUGAUUAUGUCUGAAAAGAAAGGACCGACUGACUUUUUGUGGGUUGUGCCCAAUGCCCACCAUGAAACAUUCGUUACUGGGUGUCAUCGGGCUUAAACUCCUAAACUGACUGGUUUAUACAUUGUCCUCUUUCUUGUGAUUUGACUUCUCGAGUUGCUCUGCAUGGAAAAGUUGGGAGGGCAGCUGGGGAUUGGCAGCGGAAGGAUAUUUUUCUCUUUUUACAGUUGAAACCUUUUUUCUUUUAUUUUCUUUUUUCUUGAAGACUGAAAUGUAAAUUCUGAAUUUUUUCCUGUCUGGAUUAAAUCUUUUUGAGAUUACAUA